AGAAGAAGAAGAAGAAGAAGAAGAAGAAGAAGAAUAAAUGGUGUUUUGCUCCUAAUUUUCAGGGGGAGCUUGGAAAAUUCUGUUUUCACAAGCAUUUUGUCCGCACUAGUGCAUGGCUGUACAUCCACGCUUCGACGUCAUCCGCAAAAGCCCAGACAACUUCCCCAUCACCAAACAGACCUCAUGCACACUGCACCAAACGCCGCAACCAAUGCCCUGAAUCUUUCGGCUUCCCCAGUCCAACACCGACUCCUGGACUUAGACUUACACACGGCAACUAAGGGGUCCCAUCUCCAAUCCCCACGGCAAAAACGGGAGUUCGAAAUCUGUUCGAAAUCUAAAAAGGGAAAAAAAGAAAAUCCUCGGGCUCCGGCCAACAUCCAUCUAGUUUAGCAUAUCCGCCUAUACCAAUUGACAUUUGUUACAAUGCCCAAUAUAGAUAACACUCCCCUGCCGUCGUCAUUUGAUGCGCAUCCAGAGUUCUUCCAAGAAACAAAAUGGCAGAAAGUCACCCGCCGCCUUAAAGAAGAGCCUCUCAUCCCAAUAGGCUACGCCGCAACCAGCUAUGCCCUCUGGCGCGCCUACAAGUCCAUGAAAGCCCGCGACUCCGUCGAACUGAACCGCAUGUUCCGCGCGCGUAUCUACGGACACGCCUUUACGCUCUUCGCCAUCGUCGCCGGCGGCAUCUACUACGGGCAGGAGCGCAAGCAGCGCAAGGAGUUCGAGAAGGCAUUGCAGGAGAAGCAGGAUCAGGAGAAGCGGGAUGCGUGGUUGAGGGAGCUGGAGGUACGGGAUAAGGAGGAUAAGGAUUGGAGGCAGAGGCAUGCUGCAAUGGAGAUGGCGGCGAAGGAGGCGGAGAAAAAGAUGGGUUAGUAGGAAGAUAUUAUUGGGGCGAUCUGGGCUGUGAAGAUGGGAUGGAUGUUCAGGGUUUGUCUUGCCUGGUUGCCUUUUGGACUUUGGGCAUGUGGGUUUAGGGUUGGAGAGACGCUGGAAUCAACCAGUAAGCUUGACAGGUGGCUGGUUGUAGAGGGGAAUAGACUGGGCUAUGGAAGGCUGCUGGUAUCGCUGGAAAGUAUACCGUGGUGGGUGCCCUGGCUUGGCCCGAUUUUAUCACCAUAUUUUGUAUUUUUUUACUACAACUCCCCACCUCCCUAACACUUCUAUUUUGUUUUUGUCGGGCUUAUCUAGGAGUGAUCUAGAUUUGUCUCGUUCUUGUUAUUUUACUUUGUAUAUAGGGCUCUUGGAUACGGUGCUUCAAAUGGAAAUACAUCUCUUCUUUUUAUUAUGAUUAGUACUAUCAGUAUUACAGUAUUUGUAACUACCAUACAUUUUCCUCUGACGAUCGAGGUACGAAGACCCUAGUCAGUAUUGCAUGUAUAACACACACAUCGAGUCAAAAUAGAUCAAUGAGCCAUGGUAUUCCACCCUUGC